AGCUCUGUAAAGAGUCCCCAAUCCCGCCUGUGAUAUUCCUUGUUCCUUUUUAUUUGCGAUUCAGCCCCCCGCAUUCAAAUUUGUAUUUUUGUUUCAUUGUGCAGCUCCCUCAUGGCUUUCAUUGCUAUUUUAAUCGAAUUCACUUGCUUAGCAGCAUUAUUGAUUAAAUAUAGACAUGGUUACUCUCAAUCUAUCUGUCUUUUUGGUUCAUCCUCAACACCCAGGCAGUUGAGUGAAGAGGAAACUCCGACCACUUGAUGAAGAUUACUUCACCAUUCGUAAGUAAUUAGUUAUACUCUUUCUCCUUGUCCUAAUAUUCCUUGGCCUUGUAAGAACUUUAUAGGGAAGUAGAAAAAAUAACAUGUCGUUUUUCAGCAGAUCCCGUUCUCCUGUUCCACUGCUCUCUUCUUCGUCUCACGAAGAACUAGUGCAUGAUGAAAACGUUUUCGUUGGUGUAUCUACAGGACUGCAAACCGAAGACGACGACCUCCUGUCGCAUCUUCCGAGCGGCUAUUUUAGUACAAGAACAGGAGUUCCACGUGGUGGAGAAGUUCAGCCCCUACGGUACCCCGGAGGUGGUCCGCCUACAAGCGGACUAGAGGAAGCCUUGCAGACGGGACAGUUGCUCUUGAAUCUGACUCUCCUGCGUCCGGUGUUGAUGGCUGCGGAAUGCACUAAACUAGCUGCCCAGGUGCGACAGGAAGUGGAAUACAUCAGACGAGAGAUGAAUCAGAAUCAAGGUCGACCUUUUGUUAUGGAAUCAGUUGGCUUGUGAUUUUCAAUCAGACAUCUCUAAAUUUGAUGAAUCAUCGUGAACGUAAGUAGCUGUAGAGCGAUAGUUUUAGAAGUUCUGCUUCUUCACAUAAUAAUAACAAAAACAAGUACGUGGCAGUAAAACCGUCGAUGUUGUAAGUCAAUGCAAGCGCCCUUGCUGUUUUUAGAUCUCCUAUCUCCGAAUCCACCUCUAGCUCUACUUGCACCUUUCAUACAACUCAUGGUCGCGACGUAUUCGUCGCCCCCAGCCUCCACGUCACAAGCAGGAUUUGCUUCCACGUUUGGUGACAUGUUAACCGCAGUGCGAGAAGAAGUGGGUCUGGUACGAGAAGCCGAGAGCGAUCGGGAGUUCGUUGAGCGUCGCGCACACGAACUACGCCAAAAACUCGAUAUGCAUGCGACAGACCUUCGGGAACGCGCGCAAGAUGCUUUUCGACAAGUGCAAGAGACUAUUUCAUCCAAACGAGGAGCUAAUAGACUGCUCUUCUCGUCGGAGGACGAGGUGUCACGUAAUCAGGGAAACGAGCCUGAAGAACCAUUUCUCGGAGGAUCGCUUUUUCCCGGAGGAAUGUCAGGCGGAGGCGGCUCUUCUUCUUCCUCAAGCAGUAAUUUCACUCCGACCACCGAAGAAGCUCUCCAAAAUGCCAUUUACUCUGUCGUCGGCGCAAAUGCCUUGUUCUUUGCCUGUUGGCGAGGCGCUUCUUCAAGGCUCCUUGGGCCUCAUGUUCGAAUGCGAAUGGAGGAUUUCUGCUCUCGGCAUUUUCUCUGUAGUAACCGUCACCUCAGCACACUCCCGCAAGCCUUGUACACGCCACUGACGGCGUCGUUGUCGCAUCAAAGGGGCAUGCACUUUCUCUUCAACGUUGGAGCACUGUGGAUGCUGAGCAACCUCCUCUGUUCCGACUUGAGGGUGUUUGACAGCGUCGCGAGGGGCGUUAAUCAAGGAGAAUUCGAUAGAAGGCGACGACGACGAACAAAAGAAGAUGUUAGUGCCGGAGACAAUCUUUUUGAUGCCUUUCCUUCUCCUCUCGCCUUCCCGAACUAUCCAACGACAGCCGCCAGCGAGUACCUGAAGUUCACCCUUGCAACCGGGGCUCUGAGUAUAGUAGCGCAUUGCGCCUCAGGGGCAAAACGUGCGGUGAUGGGCGCGAGUGGGACCUUGAUGAGCAUGAUGACGCUUGCUGCCCUAGUGGAUCCGACGCGACAAAUGAUCAUGUUUUUUCCGAUUCCAGGAUUGCAGUUAUCCAUGUCCCAGAUAUCCGAUGUGAAUAUCUUAGUCAACAGCGUCAUGGCCCUAGCUGGGUUUGUGGCGAUGCGGGGGAGAAGACCUGGAGGCGGGCUCUUGAGCAGCUUUAGUAGAGCAGGUAACUUUAACUCAUGGAACUACAGGACAUCCCAACGACAAGGACUAGGACAGCAAGGGGGACUAUCCUCGUCAACUCCAUCCUCUCCCUCUAGCGAGUCCAGCGUAGCUUGGACGUCCCAUAUGGCAGGAAUAGCUCUAGGAUUUGCCUAUUACUGGUACGGAAAGAAUCGACUUGGUCUAUGGAAGCAUUCGCCGGACGUCAGUCAUACGCAUUCUUGGCCCUACACCAGCCGAGAGUGGAAUCGAACGUAUGCGCAGAUUGAGGUUACGGCAUAUUUUUAGGUUAUACUCAGUCACUCGAUAAGGAGCAUGGAGAUGGACAACCAGGAGGUAACAUUUUUCCUAUAAACCAUCAUAUUAUUUCCAUAAACCGGAUUUAAACUACAAAGCAUAAACAAAAAACGUCUACUCCAUCCUUGUCGUGAUUCUUCUACUAUGUCUAAUCGCAACUUUAGGGAUGGCAUUGCUGGCCGUCGCGAUCCAUUGCCAUUCUACAAUAGCAGAACAACUACUUCGGAAUCCUUUUACUAUUCCGCCGGUGCAGGGGCUCCCUAUGUUGUGGAACGAAGGACAAGCUUUUUUUCUUUCUGAUGCAAGGCUUUUAGUCUUGUCAAACAAAAGAUAUCCAUAUCAAUGAUAUCAUGAAAAAAUUACCUGUCCUCCAG